ACUCCCUCUCCCCUCUCCCCCCACCAUCGCUGUGCGUUGCUCUCACCCUCCGCAACACUCUCUCGCCCUCAGGAGACUCCGCACACUGAGAGGUUCCAUGACCGCCCAAAGGUAACAUCAGCUGUUUGAUAGUGCUUCACCAUCGUCAAAAAUGCUCCUUUCACAGAUCACCUUCAAAGUUAAAGGAGUGGCCCUCCCAGGUGAGGUUUUUGCAGUAUGUGGAAACUGUGCUGCUUUAGGUCACUGGUAUCCUCAGAAAGCUGUGCUUCUGGAACCAGAUGCCAACGAUGGUAUGGUGUGGAGGUCAACGGUCCAUCUACAUAGAGAUAUACUUUUCCAAUAUCGCUAUUUUAAGUGUUCUCCCUUGGAACCCAAGAACCCUGCUGGUCUUCGGCAAGUACUAGUCAACACGUGGGAGACCCAUCCUCAUCCACGAUCAUUUAAUCCGUCGGAAGCAGACUGCAUUUUGAAUGAUGACUACUUUGGAUGGCAAAAUGGUGUUGAAAAAUUGGAUUCUGGAUGGUUAACGUGCCAAACUGAAAUUCGUCUGAGAUUGCACUAUUCUGACAAACCACCAGUUUUGAUAUCCAAGAAGAAGUUCAAGAAAUCCAGGUUUAGGGUAAAGUUGACUUUGGAAGGUUUGGAAGAGGACGAUGAUGAAGAGAAACCAAUACCUUCCCCGGGGCAAAAAAUGGCCAAUACAUUAGAAAUUUCCUUAAUCAGCAACAAUGGAUAUAAAUCACGUCACUCGCAGCCAGAUUGUGGAUAUGCCUUGGAAAAUGACCAGUGGACUGAGUAUAGCAUUCAAACCAUGGAACCUGAUAACCUAGAACUCAUCUUCGACUUCUUUGAGGAAGAGUUGAGUCAAACAGUAGUACAAGGAGAUGCACUUCCAGGUCAAGUGGGAAGUGCCUGCCUUCUGUCUUCAACCAUUGUAGAAAAAACUAGCGGGAUUAUUACACUGCCUAUUAUGAGCAGAAACUCAAGACAAACCAUUGGAAAAGUGAACGUUGACUACAUCAUCAUUAAACCUAUGCAAGGUUACAACCUUGAUAUGAGUCCUUCCAUUUCUAAGUACUGGAAACCAAGAAUGCCAUUAGAUGUUGGGCACAGAGGUGCAGGAAAUUCAACAACUGCAAACCUUGAUAAAGUUCGAGAAAACACCAUUGCUUCCUUCAAAAAUGCUGCUGGUCACGGUGCUGCCUUUGUGGAAUUCGAUGUGCAAAUUUCAAAAGAUUAUGUUCCUGUUGUGUACCAUGACCUCACCUGCUGUAUCUCGAUGAAAAAGAAAGCGGAUAAGGGGAUUGUUGGAGAAUCUGCAGAAUUGUUUGAAAUUCCAGUAAAGGAGCUUACAUUUGAGCAACUACAGCUGUUAAAGUUGGCGCAUGUGACUGCUUUGAAGUUGAAUGAAGAUAAAGCAAAUUCUGUGGAUGAAGAAAACGAUGCUUCAGAAAACCAACCAUUUCCAUCCCUGAAACAGGUGUUAAAAUGUGUGCCUGAGCGUAUUGGAUUCAAUAUUGAAAUUAAAUGGCCAUAUCAGCAAAGAGAUGGUGUUUGGGAAGGUAACAUGGAAACUUAUUUAGAUAUGAAUCAUGUUGUUGACAUAAUCCUGAAAUGUGUGUUGGAAAAUGCAGCCAACAGAAGAAUCGUGUUUUCUUCAUUCGUUUGUGAUGUCUGUUCAAUGUUUAGACAGAAGCAAAACAAGUAUCCAGUUCUUUUUCUCACCCAAGGCUAUUCGAAUGUCUACCCAGAGCUAAUGGAUCUCAGGGGCCGAACUACUUCAAUCGCAAUGAGUUUUGCACAAUCAGAAAACCUUCUUGGAAUCAAUGUGCACACAGAGGACUUGCUUCGAAACCUGGACUACAUUUAUCAGGCCAAGUCAAAGGGUUUGGUUAUUUUUUGCUGGGGCGAUGAUACGAAUGAAUCUAACAACAGGAGAAUAUUGAAGGAAUAUGGAAUUGAUGGCCUGAUCUAUGACAAGAUCUGUGACGCUCUGAUGGGACAGACAAGCAUCUUCCGAGUGGAGGAAUUCGAGGAUCUAAAGCAGCAAUUACCAGAUACUGCAUUUGUCAAUUGUUCCUGUUCCGAUGACAGCCAUUUUGCCUGUCUCUCUCCGUUGUGCAAUUUUAACGGGACCAAUUAUCAAAGUGAACUCAAAACAUGUGAACAGGCAUCGAGCAUAGAGUCUGAUUCAAGACAAAGUUACAGUUCAUCUUGAUCCUCCAUCUACAUUUUUGGAUUGCAUUGGCUAUUCACCCAUUCGCCUCCCUCAUUCACAGUGAUAAAACCAAUACAUUCUUUUGAAAUAAGAAACCUCUCUAAUAAUCAUGAACAUUUAUAGUUGUAAUUUCUUUACAAUGCCUUUCCAUUCCUGUCAGAAUUUCAGAUGGAUGGGACAUUGACACAGUGCAAUUUUAUCUAUGUUUACACUUUUAGGUUAUACAGGUAUUCUGGUCGGUUUGUGCCACUACACAAGUUUCAUCUUUACCAGAGCACGUUACUUACUGUAUUACAACCUUCUUGACCUUUUUUUUAACUUAUCAUUAUCUUGGUGCAUAGAAAUCAUCCUCUGGGAAGGAAACUAUUUGUUUCAGAUUGGAACAGUGAGCAACUUGUACGUAAUAAAUAGGUCUUCCCCACAGUGAAUCAAAAAGCACAUUACUCCCUUUCCCAAGCUUACUUUUCUUCACACAGUAGGUGUUGGUUGAAUUUUGUAGUAUUCCCAAUACUAUUGCAUUUUGAAUUCCUGUUUUUCUUUUUAAUUCUGAUGGGGAGUGAGUAGUCUGUAUUGAAAUGAAGAGACAUCCAGGCGGAAGGCAAGUGUGGUUUGUUUUGAGGCUAUCUCCAAGAAGGAACUCAAAUUGUUUUAAGCCUUGGAUAUUGUACUUGGAGAUUUGUAGUCUUAUCUGUGACAGAAGGGUACAUUUUAUUAGCUGUGCAAGGUGGGGAUGUUUAUUUGGUGAAGCUUCCCUGUUCUGCUUCUUUUUCUUUAAAAUAACACAACCUUCAACAAUUUGUUCAACACUUUUUAUUUGUGACUUAUCCCAGUAAAUGUGGAUUAACAAGUCAGAGGAAUGUCCCUGUAUUGCUUGUAUGUAACAUGGAAAUAUGGGAAAAGUAAAUGCAUGACACUGUUGUAUCUUUUCACACUUACUGCAACAAAUAAGAUCCUCUUAUCUGUGCAGUUGUUUGUAUUCCAAAGCAAGUCUCGAUAUCCCACUGUAAUUUUCAGCUUUCACAUUUUGUCUCCUAGAAAAUAUCUUGUGUUGUAUAAAUGAAGCUUUUUGAAAGAGUUAUUCUGUACAAAAAUCUAUUGGUCUAUUAACUGAACAUUAAGAUGUGGUUAAGUAUUUGUGUACACAAGCAGUAGUGUCUGAAGAGAAAAUGUUAACAGCUGCUGUAUAUACAUCAUAACUAAAGAUUUCCCUGAUUUCACUGAAACAGAAUGUUUCAUACCCUCAUACAAAGGAUAGCUGUGAUGGAUAUGUGCAAGGACAUUUUUUUGAGAACCAGUGACUUACUAUUAUGACACAAGCAGUGACUUAUAAUGAAGUUCUGUCUAAUUCAGUUUGUUGAUUGUGCAACCAUUAUCUCAAAAUAUGGUUGCUGUCUUAAUUUGUGACUUAUAAAAAUCUUUUGUUUUUUUUCCCAUUGAAUAUUAAGUCUAGAAUAAAGACACUGUACAAUACAGUGUGGAGGUGGGCUUUAACAAAAUCAACCCAAGAACAAAAAUUGAGUCAGAGAACCAAUACUCUUGUACUUUACUUUGACACUUCUACAUGUCCUUUAAAAAUUAAUGACAGCCCAAUUCGCGAUAUCUUUGUUUUCUAACUGUUAAUAAAAGACUGUCCAGCCAUCUGUCAAGUGUAAGUGUCUGGACAUAUGGGUUUGUUUGGUCAGACAGUGCACAGAGUUGGUACUCUAUUAGUAUUCAGUGGGAAGGAGGUUCCAAUUAGGAAAUAUGCACUUUUUAUUAAGGUUUAAGAUAUGACAUUUUAACACCAAUACAAACGUUUGUACAAAUAGCAAAAUAGUUCCUUUGUUUCUGUUUGUUAUUCAGAGAGCUUCUGAUCCUAGUGCAAUUGCAGGAUAUCCUUUUUGAUAUAUGUGGGAUGACUUGAUUUCAUCAGGUUUAAAAGCUUAUGAACAUUAACUUCUAGUUUGCGAUUUCUCCACUAAUUCCUGUAAUUAGGUAAUCGUUGCAUUAAAGUAUUAUGCUUUGCAGAUUGAUAUAAAUUUUCAAUUUGUGAUAAGAAAAAAAACAAAUGUUCUUCCUCCCUGUGUAAUUUGCUUGGGAAGCCGAGUAUAUUGUUAGUGAACUUGAAUGCUGAGUAAUCUCUGAAUUGAAAUAAAAUUGCUACGUACAGCAGUCUGUUGCAGUUAAAUUACAGUACAUUAAUGUAAAAUUACACAGAAAUGCUUGCAUGUGCUGAAACCACGAUGCAGAAAUAUAUGAACAGUCAACAUUUAUGGUAUUUAAAGCUAAGGACUAUAUCUGCUUGUUUUAUAAAAUGUGAUAUGUGGCUCACAGGUUAUGAAGAUUGUAAACCUUGCCACAGAUUCUGUGUUUAACUUCAUUUUCUUAAGCCCCAUUGCAUGCUUUGGAACUUGGUAAAGAUUUGAAACUGCCUUUGUAUGCUCAGGAAAUACAGUGUGUCCAUUUGCAGUCAAUAGCAUGGGAUUGUCUUCUAAUUUUCUUCCUUGCCCAGUACACAUUAAUGUACACAUUUCAGAGUGAAAUAAAGUCAUAGCUAUUUAAUGCUCAA